AUGGAGGGGGGUUUAUCAUUCAACUACUAUUGUUUGAAUCGUAUAAAAUAUCCUUCUUGCCUGUCAUUCCAAGUAUGUGAUCACUUGAGCAACGGGAAGUGGUUGGCACGUGACUUGGCGAUGCCAAGAGAUCUUCGAGCCAAGCUAGCUUCGCUGACGCGAUUGUCAGAUGUCAACCACAGCCUCGAAGAUAUGUCGUCGUCGUCUUCUAGCUGUCGGAAACGUAAAACUGCGCCCACGUCUCCAUCUACCCGCACCCGGCCCUCGAAGCGAUCAUCCACCAACCGGCCUGGGCCGAGUGCGGCGAACGAUGACCACCUCGGUCGGCUACCCGAUGAACUUCUUCUCCAAGUACUACACCAGCUAGAUGAGCAGCCUGCGGGAGGGGCGGAAAGGAACAGGAUUUAUCGACGCCUUUCCUUGAUCAAUCGAAGAUUUGGCAGUGUCGCUCAGGAAGUGCUGUAUGAGACGUUCAAGUCCGAGUCUGGCCGCCCUGGCCCGUUCCUGCGUACGCUUGUUGCCAGGCCUGAUCUCGCAACAAAGGUUAAAUAUGUUCUGUGGGAUUACAACAUGGGCGACCAUACACGCGUGGCCGGAUACGUCCCGUCGUCGAGCGACCGCCGAAACAUGCGCGCCAGCCUCACGCGUCUUGGAAUACCGUGGCGAGAACACUUGCUCUCCCUGUACGCCACUGGACGGUCUGUUUGCCUCCUCAAGCUCGUGCUACUCCACACACCCAAUGUUCGUUGUCUUGAUGUCGUCGAUCAGACCUCGCCACACACCUUCUUCGAUGUGGGCACCUACCAGUCUUGCUGGAUUCAACUCUUCUAUCCCGCAACCCCAGGAAAAUUGACCUCUCAAGGCUUUCCGUCUCAGUAUCAGCAUUUACAUACCCUCAAUUUGCGCAUGGGUGGCAUGAAGAUGAAGUACAUACAUGCAAUUCUCCGUCACCCGUCAUUGCGCAAGCUAGUACUCAGCGGCGCCUAUGCACCGACUUACGUCAUUGACGAGCAUCAAGAGAACGAGUUUGGAAGACCCUUUGAACAAGAGGUGUGUCCCACUUCCACAUCACCUGUCGUAGACCUCGAAAUACAAGCCAGCUUCAUGAGUAGCAAAUGCCUUGCUCAACUCAUACGAGCCUUUCGAGCCUUGGAACGUCUCGUUUUCUGUUACGACACUCGGUACUACUACCGAAACAUUGCCGAUGUCAAUUACCCUGUAAUAGGAAGAGCCCUGCGUCGCCACAAAAAGACUCUGCAACAUCUCGACCUAGAUGAUGUAUCGGAUAGGACAGUGGUUAAAUUAACGGAAUACCCACGUGGGAAUUUAGGCUCAUUCCACGACUUUGAGAAGCUUCAGAUCCUCGGCGCCCCGUUCGAGUCAUUCCCACGGCAAGGCCAGGACGAACAUACUCUUGUCUACUUUUCUAGACUUCUUCCAAAGACUCUGCAGCAGCUGCGUCUGACUGUCUUCGAGGAUGAGGAAUAUUUCCAUACCUGCUCCAAUUCUUUGGAAGAGUUUCACAAAUCUUACAUAGACGCAGUGCCGGACCUCUCUCGAAUUGACAUUCGAGUGCACAGAAUCGUGCAGAUGAAAGUGAUACAGCUCUGGACACCAAAACUGAAUUUCGUUCAAGACAGUAUCGGGUUCACCAUCAUGCACGAGGGAGUGGAAUACCAUGAUGUGGUCUUCUCGGAUGAUGAAGAUGAUAACAGCGAGGAGGAUGAGGGUGAUGAUAUUGACUCGGAGACACUGUCAAUGAUAGAGGAGGCUGUUGCGGGGGCUGCAGCGGCCGUCAUGGCCACCAUGCUUGCCUUCCAUAUCCUCCUUAUGGUGAACGAACACAUUCAGACCACACCUUCUAAUCUCACAUCGAUCUUCUCCAUUCUCGCCAUUGUCAUUUUACAACUUUCGCCUCUGACUAAGCACGGCCGAUCUAACACAAUCCCUUUGUCGCGAUUUAUUAGCCUUCCCCCUUUAGGUUCUGAGGGCACAUCCUCCGAGAAUGCUGGAGACACAUGCCUAACAAACAUUGGAUCCCUGCUCUGUAUCACUAUAACAGACACGCAUCGUCCUCUGUAUCUACCCUACUAUACUCAUGAUGGCCCAACAAUUUACCACUCUCCCUUCGAAACGCAUCUUGAUCGCCGACGCCCCUCGAACCUGCUCGCGAUUGUUCCCGAAGAUUUUCGCGGUGCAUCCGUAGUUAAGGCUUCCAACGGGGCGUACCGGCCGCACCAGUUACGUGUUCAGUACGAACGAACCCAGUUUGUGAGCCGCACCGUACGUUUAAUGAUGCCCCAGGUACGGGCUCUGGGGAGUAGAGUUAAAGGUGGAUUACCUUUCCCUGCUAUGGCUCUUGACUUCUGCAGACUAGGUAAGAGACUGCGCAAAACAGACAACAGAGGUACCCGUAACAAUUACGAUACGUACACCUACCUCUCAUCUUCUCUGCCGUACGAACGUAUACAAAAUCUCCCCCGUACAGGUAUCAAAAUUGCCCAAUCGUACAGUACUACGCUCGUUGAAAGUGCUGCAAUGAUGUAUGCCAUGUACAGGCCAGGGCGCGUCGGGCUUGAGCUGAAGAUGUGCAAAGGUGUGCAAAAAGCGCAGGACAUGUUAGUGGAGAACGCUGAGUUAGAAGGUGAGACCUAUGAGAUCGGGGUUGAGAAGUUGGGGGCAGAGAUUACAAGGGUGGAAGAAAAGUAUAGGACAAAAUUCCCUGGACUAAAGACCACACAUUCUAACACAUCCGCCGGGAUCUCGCCAUCUCCAAAUCCAACGACAUUUUCCAACUCCCUUACCCCAGUCAUCCUAAUUCACCAUCCCGCACUUACGAUCCCAUCCUGCUACCUGACCGGAAAACCAGUCUUCGCACUCUCAUCCCGAGAGGUGUGGUUUGAUGCAAAUAUAGAAAGUGGAGGGGAGGUUGCCUACAAUACCGAGAAGACUAUUGAGAAGGUUUAUGAGAAGCUGGGAUCCAGUGCCGAAGCAAAUAUUAUAGAGUCGAGGGGAGCGAGAGAGGAAGUGAAGAGGGAGGAAUUUGGGGAAGAGGGGGCGGUAGGGUUGAGAAAGAAAGUGGAAGAAGAAAUAGGGGUUUAUGAGUACUUGAAGGGGACAAACUCACAGUCUAGGGUCCUUCGAACAAGCUAUCUUCUUGUUAUCUUCAAAUCAGUCCUCACCACUCAUCGGCAUUCCUCAUCAAUACUCUCCUCUACGCCCAUGGUAGUAAUCGCAAGGGCCUGUAAGUUGCCGCUAGCGUGCCUCCACCCGCUUAUUCCAAUCCUAAUUGAUUCUGCUAUUUGUUUUCUUCUAAGGCUUCAUCAAGAACUGAACCCUCUUGGAAUUUUACCUAGAGCAAUCCGGUGUAACAGCAGGAGUGUAAAACUAGCCGGAUGGCGGAAUCCUUAUCAUUUUACACAUGAAGCAAAUACUGGAAAAACUAUACACCUUCGGGACUUCUCAUCUUGCUCCGAAAGAAAUAAUCAUAUAAAACGAAAUCCUGAAUACCCCGCGUCAGCAAACCACACCCUUAUCCCGCUCAUUAACAAUAUCCUCAUUCCCCAGCACCUCCAACCCCGACCAAAACAAAAACUGACGCUCAUCAACCGAGCCCGCCCUCCCUACCACCGCGCGCCCUCGUCCUCCGUCGCAGUAAUCCCAUGGGGGACACACCAACGCAAAGUCGCCGGAAACAAUGCUCAGAGUUCCACAUCCCGCUACAUCCCCUUCAGCGACCACACCGGCACACACAUCGACGCGCUAAAACACUUCGAUCCGCGUCUCGGGGGAUCAGCAUCGACAGGUUCCCCUCGAGAGUUCUACUCCAGCACCCCCUGUCUAAAUGUCAGUCAUGCGGGAUUACACAAUGCAACGACGGUGCAGGAUAUGGAGGGUUCAUUGGUAAAAAGCGGCCAAGAGAUUAUUCCAGGCGAUAUUGAACUCUUCUUCGGCUCCAGUUUCUGCAUGGACAGGGAUGACCCCCGAUGGCAGCAUGACUUCCUGGGCCUGCUGCCCAUAGCCGCCCGCGCCGGAUGCGGGUUGAAUUUCCAGGUGCAUAAUGCGUAUGCAGAACGUGGGGUUAUGCACAUGGAGGGUUUGGAUAAUUUGGAGGCACUAUACGCAAGGGGAGGCUAUCGUUUAUUGAGAAAUCUUUUUGAGAAGACUGGGGUUGCGGUCUCGCACGGGAGAGAAAAGGAAGAGAAGGUCGGACUAAGCGGAGGGAGAAUAGAGCCACUUUCUGCAGACUUGUCAUCUUGUCAAGCAGGAAAUGAAGAGUUCGGUUUUCCGAUCAUUGCAGUAAUACGUUAUUUGCAGAGAAGCCAAUUAAUUCAAGGCGACUGA